AUGCCCGAAAGGGUCCUUACGAAAUUCGCCGAUUCGGACGAGACGGUCCCGAAGAAGACGUCGCCCGAAGCAGAUAAGAGCGCAGAAACAGGAUCUGUGAAGAGGAAAAAGCAGGAUGAUAAAAAGGAUCCACAGAAGAAGAAUAGUAAUAAGAAACGGAAGCAUGACGAUGAAAGAAAUAGUGAGGAGAGGGGGUUGAAGGCAUCUAAAGAGCCGAAGACUGAGGAGCGCAAGAAGCCCAAGAAUGGCGCGGACGUGACGCGAAAGGAAGAACAAGCACAGAAGUCGGAAAAGAAGCAGAAGGACCAGAAGAAACCGACUCGCGACGUCAAAACCAACUUCACCUCCCUCAGAGAAAAGGCCCGAGUACUCUACGAAACCCGCAAGAAUCUCCCCAUCUUCCCCCACGGCGACGAAAUCCGCCAACACCUCCGCAAAAACGACGUGAUGCUGCUAGUCGGAGAAACAGGUAGCGGAAAGAGUACACAAAUUCCGCAAUUCCUAGUCAAUGAGCAAUGGUGUCGCUCUACAACCACAAGUAUCCCGCAAAACGAUGAUUCGCGCAAAGACGUUUCGGUGGGUGGGUGCAUCGCUAUUACGCAGCCGCGUCGAGUCGCCGCUAUUUCGCUGGCAAGACGUGUGGCAGAGGAAAUGGGAACACCGCUGGGAUCGUCGUCACCGGCGAGCAAAGUCGGGUAUUCGGUGCGUUUUGACACCUCUACGGGGCCAAGUACGAGGGUCAAAUACUUGACGGAGGGAAUGCUGUUGCAGGAGAUGCUGCAUGAUCCGUGGUUGACGAGAUAUAGUGCGGUUGUGGUCGAUGAAGUUCACGAACGGGGUGUGAAUGUGGAUUUGGUGUUGGGUUUCUUGAGGAAUUUGGUGUCUGGGAAGCGGGAGGGGCGUGGUGGUGUGCCGCUUAAGGUGAUAGUUAUGAGUGCUACGGCUGAUAUGGAGAGUCUACUUGGGUUCUUUCAGGCGGGGAUUCAGACUUGGCCUGGUCGUCUGGAGAACGGGUUCAAAGAAAAGAGUGCUACGCCAAAAGAGGCCGGGGAUGACAUUGCUGUAUGCCAUAUCAAGGGUCGUCAGUAUCCUGUCAAAACUAUCUACGCUCCGGAGCCGGUGCAUGAUUUCGUGGAUGCUGCGCUCAAAGCCAUCUAUCAAAUUCAUUACAAAGAACCAAUGCCAGGAGAUAUCCUGGUGUUCUUGACAGGACAGGAGACAGUGGAGGCAUUGGAGCACCUGGUCAAUGAAUACGCGAUUGGAAUGGACCCGUCCUUGCCAAAAAUUCAAGUCCUGCCGUUGUUCGCAGCGCUUCCUCAAGCGGCCCAGCAGCGGGUGUUUGCACCCGCACCACCUCGUACACGCAAGGUGAUCCUUGCUACCAACAUUGCUGAAACUUCGGUGACGGUGCCUGGUGUGCGCUUCGUGGUAGACUGCGGCAAAGCCAAGGUAAAGCAAUUCCGCACCCGUCUUGGGCUGGACUCGCUCCUGGUUAAGCCGAUUUCCAAAUCGGCAGCGAUCCAAAGAAAGGGUCGUGCAGGAAGAGAGGCGCCGGGUCAAUGUUAUCGGUUAUAUACGGAAAAAGAUUACCUGAAUCUCGACGAAACCAACACUCCAGAGAUUUUGCGAUGCGAUCUCAGCCAGGCUAUUCUCAACAUGAAAGCUCGCGGGGUUGACGAUGUCAUGGGCUUCCCGUUCUUGACGCGACCACCACGAGAGUCAUUAGAGAAGGCUCUGCUUCAGUUGCUGAGCAUCGAGGCACUGGAAGAGUCAGGCCAAAUAGGCGCAGUCGGGAAAGAGAUUGCCAAACUGCCGCUGACACCUACUCUCGGUCGGGUGCUUCUAGCAGCUGCAGGGAACGGACCUGGUUGUUUGACGGACGUGAUUGAUAUUAUCUCAUGUUUGAGUGUGGAGAAUAUCUUCCUGAACACGAUGUCGGAAGAGAAGAAGGAAGAGGCAGAGACAGCACGUCGGGAUCUAUACCGACGCGAGGGCGACCAUCUGACGAUGCUGGCCACCGUGCAGGCCUAUGCAGCCGAGAAUACCGAUCGGAAAGUAUGGGCAGAGCGGCAUCUCGUGUCGCACCGGGCGAUGCAAUCGGUGAUGGACGUCCGCAAGCAACUCACCGCACAGUGCCGACAAGCCAAACUCCUCCCGCCUACUGAACAACAAAGGGAUCCUACGCUCACACGCGAUCCAUCACCUGUUCUCAUCUUGAAAAGUUUCCUCACCGGCUUCGCGACCAACACGGCCCGGCUGGUCCCGGAUGGCAGUUAUCGUACGGUGGUUGGGAAUCAGACCGUGGCAAUUCACCCAUCGAGCGUGCUCUUUAGCAAGAAGGUCGAGGCUAUCAUGUACAAUGAGUAUGUGUUUACGAAUCGAAGCUAUGCGCGGGGUGUGAGUGCGGUGCAGCUGGAUUGGGUCGGGGAAGCUCUGGCUGGCGGAUCAUGA